GAGCGCGUCUUUGAAGCACAUGGUCCCCACUCAUAAGACAACACUUCUCUCCCCAGUAAUUGCUCUGGAAUUGAUGUCAUUCCAGUGGGCGACUGAGACAGCAGCGGUUUGUGAAUUUCUUAAUGUUUUCAUCGCUCGCGAUCUACUUCACUUUAAACACUUUUCUUUUCGCGAGGCAGCUUCUGACUCGGACACCUCUGAAUGGGGAAAGUGCAAGGAGCUGAAUCAGCUGUCGUCGGGAUUUCCUAAAAGCACCCCUCAUUGACUUGAUCAUAUUUCAGGAAGUGGUUUUAUUUUUUUGUGUGUGUGUGUGUGUGGGGGGGUUCUUGCACAUCAGCUGUUGGAGGACUGUCACGGUUGUAUGAUGGUCGUGCAGCAGUGAAACAGUUGGUCAGUCCCGUCCACGCUUCAGCCGGGCAUCAUGAAUCCCGGGUGCCGGAGUCUGAAGUUUAUUUUGACAGCACUUCAGGCUUUGUCUGUCACUGUGUCGCUGUGUGACAGUGCGCUCUCCCAACCUACGGAAGGGAAUCUUGUGGGUCCGACUGUUCAACACAGACCAACAGCCAAGCAGAAACACUAUGGGACCACAGUACCUCUGCAGUUUGUUGGACAAGACUGGAAACCAAUCAGCCAGCUCAAACCCCAGAGUCACCCUGCAUCACUGAAGCUCCUGAUUGAAGCGGAAGGUGAACAGCUGCUCUUGGCUCUGGAGAAAAACGAGGGCCUGUUUGCAAGUAACUAUACAGAAACCCAUUACCUGGAAGAUGGCAAUGCCUACAUUGGCUCUCACAACUUCACGGCAAACUGUUACUACCACGGCGAGGUGGUGGGUCAUGCCAACUCAGACGUCAGCCUCAGUACUUGUUCUGGCGUGAAGGGUUUCAUAUCCCUCGAAGGCAAAUCCUAUGUACUGGAACCAUCUGCUGACCACUUUGAUGGGACUCACUGGAUCUACACAGCUGAACACCUCAAUUUUACUCCUGGCACCUGUGGCCAUGAUUUCAACAUAUCCUCUCCUGUUGAAGAUGCAGACGGCAGUCCUUUCACAGCUUUCAGGACAAGGCACAAACGCCACGUCCAGACUACGACCAAGUACGUGGAGCUGAUCAUCGUGGCUGACAACAGAGAGUUUCAGAAGCAAGGCAAGGACAUGGAGAAGGUCAAACAGCGGCUGGCUGAGAUCGCCAAUUACGUGGACAAGUUCUACAGGGCUCUGAAUAUCCGCGUGGCCCUGGUGGGCCUGGAGGUGUGGAGUGAUGUGGACAAGUGUCCCGUCACCCAGGACCCCUUCACCACCUUGCACGAGUUCCUCGACUGGAGGAAAGUAAAGCUGCUGCCUCAGAAGCCACAUGACAACGCCCAGCUAAUCAGUGGGGUCUAUUUCCAGGGCACCACUAUUGGUAUGGCACCUAUCAUGAGUAUGUGCACAGCCGAGCAGUCAGGAGGAAUUGUGAUGGACCAUUCGGACAACCCCCUGGGUGCUGCAGUCACACUUGCCCAUGAGCUCGGACACAACUUUGGAAUGAACCAUGACACGCCAGAGAGGGGAUGUGGUUGCAGAGUCACAGUGGAUCGUGGAGGCUGCAUUAUGACUCCCUCCACGGGGUAUCCUUUCCCCACGGUGUUUAGCAGCUGCAGCAAAAAGGACCUGACGGCCAGUUUUGAAAAAGGCGUCGGGAUGUGUCUGUUCAACAUGCCCGAGGUCAAGGUGCUCUACGGCGGGCAGAAAUGUGGCAACGGCUACGUGGAGGAGGGAGAGGAGUGCGACUGUGGAGAACUUGAGGAAUGUAUGAAUCCCUGCUGCAAUGCUACCACCUGCACUCUGAAGGGAGAUGCUGUUUGUGCACACGGACAAUGCUGCCAGGACUGCCAGCUGAAGCCAGCAGGAACUCCGUGCCGUGAAUCCAGUAACUCAUGUGAUCUUCCCGAGUUCUGCACGGGUACCAGCCCUAACUGCCCCUCCAACGUCUACCUACACGACGGCCACGCCUGCCACAGCGUGGACGGCUACUGCUACAACGGCAUCUGCCAGACCCACGAGCAGCAAUGUAUCACACUGUGGGGCCAAGGAGCAAAGCCAGCUCCAGGUAUCUGCUUUGAAAGAGUCAACUCAGCAGGAGACCCCUAUGGCAACUGUGGCAAGGACUCCAAAGGCUCCUUUGCCAAAUGUGAAGCUAGAGAUGCUAAAUGUGGCAAAAUCCAGUGUCAAGGAGGAGCUAACCGCCCAGUAAUUGGUACCAACGCUGUUUCCAUAGAAACAAACAUCCCCUUGCAGGAAGGCGGGAGGAUUCUGUGCAGAGGAACACACGUCUACCUGGGGGAUGACAUGCCCGACCCCGGUCUGGUGCUCAUGGGGACCAAGUGUGGAGAUGGAAUGAUGUGUCUAAACCGUCAGUGCCAGAAUGUCAGUGUUUUCGGUGUGCACGAUUGUUCAGCCAAGUGCAGCAGUCGGGGGGUGUGCAACAACAACAAGAACUGUCACUGUGAGGCUCACUGGGCGCCGCCUUUCUGUGACAAGACGGGCUUUGGAGGGAGCGUGGACAGUGGACCCAUUAGAUUAGCAGACAGCAGGAAUCUGACUGUGGGCAUCCUGGUCGCUCUCCUCACUGUCCUGGGAGCUGCUCUGAUCAUCUGCAUCAAGAGAAAAAGCCUCCUCGGCCUCCUCUUCACCAGCAAGAAGAACCAUCUGGAGAAGCUCAGAUCAGUGAGCGGUGCGAUCAGCGGACCAUCCCCUCUUAACCAGCCCCCGUCUGCGAGCACGUCUCCGUCACGGCCGGCUCCGCCCGUCCCCCACGGCGCCACCAUCUUCAAGCCUCCUCACCGGGGGCCCGAGGCGCUGCUCCCGCCAGCCCCUUACCCCUCCCACCACAGCCUGCACAGACUGCCCCUGUGCCCUCCAGUUCACCUCAGCCACCCGGUCCCCCUGUCUCUCACCUUGUCCCUCUCCCCCGGCCCCGCGCAGCCAAGACCUCCUGUGCCUCCGCCUCACAUCCACGUCGCACCCCGCGGGGCGCCGUUUCGAAACACGUCACGCCAUAACUCCUGCAGGAUGGUCAUGGAGUUGGAGAAGCCCAGCCCUCCUCAGAAACCACUUCCAGCUGACCCAAGGAGCUCUCGCCUGAUUCGAAGUCCCUCUGUAGUCCAAGGGCCAAGGGCAGCAGUUUGUGGCCCUUCAGCCGUAUCUAUUGUACCCAGACCUGUGCGCCCUCUCCCACGCCCGAACAGACCCAAUCCCAAGCAGCCCCCAACACUACCAAAGCCUUGCAUAAUUGCCAACAUCAAAUACAGCAGCUGAGACUUUGGACCAAGGGGACAUUGUUGUGAUAAGACACUUAGAAAAGAAAAAGAAAAAAGAAAUUUGCACUAUGAAAACUCUGAAAACCUUAAAAAGAUGUCGGCUUCUCUGAGGAUCAGUAGACGUGCCGUGUCCCUUUUGGUGCUCUGUCUCUGAAUGGUGCUACGAGUCUGAGCUCAGGUACAUGUAAAGUAUUUAUAUUCUGUAUUUAUUGCCACGCAGUGCACUGUGCCAGACACUUUUACUACACGGAAGCAACAUAGGUUUGAAAUUUGUGUUUUACAGCAUUUUCUUUUUAUCAAUUGUUCAUCAAGACGAGUGAUAGGAGAUUUUCAUAAAACAAAACAAAAAACACAAAUCUGUGAAAUUGUGAUUGCAGGAAUGUUUUUGAGAAAUGUCUUUUAAUGAAGGGAACACUUUACAUCUUUAUUUUACCGUUUUGUUCCCAUAACUUUAUGAGGAGAAAAAGAGAUGUGUGCAAUGACUUCACUUGAGAACACUUGAUUGUGAAGAUAAUAAAUUUUUUCCCUGAAGGUUAAUGCUCUGUGUAGCAGCUUUGAGCCAGUCUGACGAGGCUUGAAACAACCACAGAAGAAGAAAACAAAAAAAAAAGUGGUUUUGCUGCAUCUGUUCUGACUAGUUUUCUACGAAUGUGGAGACCAGGCGGCUCAAGUUGUGUUUGAAUUCCUCUGCACAUAGGAAGGAAAUAAUGAAAUGUCACUGAUUUCUGUUUGAUUUAACAAGCCGUGAGAGGCUCACUUUGGGGAUGUGGGUACCAGAGUAUGAGCUCAAGGAAAUCAAGGAAACGUUCAUCCCGCAGAGAGCGUCUUUGAAAUCUUGCUCUGCUUUGACCGAAAAAGUGUCAAAAUGUGUUUUUGACUAUUUCCCUGUGUGCCUGUCUACGCUGAGGACUUUGUGUGAUCAAAUCAUGGAAUCAACGAGGACUUUCUCAAGGCGUCAUGGAGGCACUCUAGAGAACUCUAAAUGGGUGAUGUAGGGUUUUAGAAUCUGUGAUGGGACAUAAAGGACGUAUGCACUUAUCUUGCAGUUAUUCAUUUUCUAGUAUUCUACCUUUUUAUUUAGCUUUUGUUUAUUUUAACUCAUUUAACAUGCCAGACUCAAACUCAUGCAUAAAUCAGAUUUCUGGUAAUUAAAGGUCACCUAUUACACUUUUUUUCAACAAGUUUAAAUAAGUCUCCGAGGUCCCCAAAACAUGUCUGUGAAGUUUCUUGCUCAAAAUCCACUAUGAUCCUCUAUUUCAGCCCUGCUCAGAACAGGCUGUUUCUGUGUCUGUAGCUUUAAAUGCAAGUGAGCUGUGUUCAACCACGCCCCUCUCUGGAAGGCCUAGGGUGGCUUGGGCUUUCUUGCACCAUGCCCAAUUGUUGACAGUGAGAAGGCGGACUCAGAGGGCAGAACAAACACCUAGCUGUGGGAGGGUCAUACCACCUGGGGGAGGGGUUACUUCCCUUUGUGAUGUCACAAAGUGAAAUCUCCAAACAGGGAAAAGGCAAAGGAGGAUGGACUUUUCUCAUAAUUGGGGGUUUGUAAACGGACUAGGGACACGUUAGUGUUUCGAAAAACAUGGUAGAGUGUAUUUUUCAUAAUAUGUGACCUUUAAACAGUGCUUUGUUCAUCAGAAAAAAAUGCAGACUUAUUGUUUAACUGGAUUGCCAUGCAGCAUAUAUUCACUUUUCAUCAAAGCAACAUUUCCUUUAAAGCCCAGCUCUUGUUAAAAAAAAUGUGUUGGCUGAUAUCUGACUUUUGUUACUUUUUAUACUGUUCUCUUUUUAAUACUACACUACGUGUACAUGCCUUGCUUUGUUUAUAUGCUUCUUUUUCAAUGCUCUGUGUGUCCUUGUACAAACAGGCAGUCACCUGACUGCACCUUUUUGUCCAUUUAAGUUCUUUUAUGUUGUGUUACAGGUGAACACAUGUCUAUGGAAAAUGCUUUUUUUAUAUGAUUGUUUGAUACAUCAUAAAAACUUCAAAUGUCA